AGGCAAGCCUGGGCUUUUGUUGGUGUGUUAGGUGGUGGAAAUUCUUCCUGUAAUGAAUCAGUGAGAAACUAUGAAAAUCACAGCACUGGUGGGAAAGCUCUUGCUCAGAAAGAGUUUUUCACAGUGGAUGGUCAGAAGUUUGUUGUGAGAGCUUACAGCGAAUGGAACGAUGGUAUCCCAAUUUCAGGCUUCCAGGUAGAAGCUGUAGGUGGAGUGAUACUGAAUCUUCUGGAUGAUGUUAGUAGUUGGGAGCCUGGAGACCGGAUUGUGGUUGCAAGCACAGACUAUUCAAUGUAUCAGACAGAGGAAUUCACCCUCCUUCCCUGUCCAGAGUGUACCAAGCAUCAGGUCAAAGUCAAAGAAAAUCCUCAGUUUCCACAUGUAGGAGAAGUUAUUGAUGGAGUGGACAUGAGGGCAGAAGUCGGAGUUCUUACGAGGAACAUCUUAAUCAAGGGGGAGACAGAAAAUACCUGCUAUCGUGAAAAGGAGUGUCAGUUCUUCAAUUAUGAUACAUUUGGUGGACAUAUCAAGAUUUUGAAGAAUUUUACAUCUGUUCAUCUCUCCUAUGUGGAAUUGAAGCAAAUGGGCCAGCAGCAGAUUGGAAGUUAUCCUGUUCACUUUCACCUUUGUGGGGAUGUGGAUGAAAAAGGAGGUUAUAGUUUUAAGACUUACCUGGAAGGUCUUUCCAUUCAUCACUGUUUUUCCAGAUGUGUGACUGUUCAUGCAACUAAUGGCUUGCUGAUAAAGGACACCAUUGGCUAUGACACACUAGGUCACUGUUUCUUCACAGAAGAUGGCAUUGAGCAGAGGAAUACUUUGUUCCACAACCUUGGACUAGUCACGAAACCAGGCACUCUUCUUCCUACAGAUAGAAACAGCAGCAUGUGUAUUGGUAUUAGGGAUAAAGUGUAUGGAAGUUAUGUCCCAGUGCCAGCCACAGACUGCAUGGCAGUUUCGACGUUCUGGAUUUCUCAUCCCAACAAUCAUCUUAUAAAUAAUGCAGCAGCAGGUUCACAGGAUGCUGGGAUAUGGUAUUUGUUCCACAGGGUUGCUACAGGAGAUUCUCAUAGCUUAGCCAUUGAAACGAAGUCAGAGCUUACACCCCUAGGAAUCUUCUAUAACAACAGGGUUCAUUCUAAUUUUAAGGCUGGUUUGUUCAUUGAUAAGGGUGUUAAAACAACUAAUGCUAGUGUUGAUGAUCCCAGAGAAUAUCUUUGUUUGGACAACAAUGCAAGGUUUCGACCUCAUCAAGAUGCAGACCCUGAAAAGCCCCGAGUUGCUGCCCUGAUUGACAGAUUAAUCUCCUUCAAAAACAAUGAUCACGGGGCCUGGGUCAGGGGAGGGGAUAUCCUCAUUCAAAACUCUGGGUUUGCAGACAAUGGAAUAGGUUUGACAUUUGCUAGUGAUGGGAGCUUCCCAAAUGAUGAAGGUGCCAGCCAGGAGGUAUCUGAGUCGCUGUUCAUAGGUGAGAGCAAGAAUUAUGGGUUUCCAGGCGGCCAAAAUAAAUAUGCAGGAACUGGAGGAAUAGACAACAAGGCACGUACUCUGCCUAGAAAUAGGACAUUUCCAAUCAGAGGCUUUCAAAUUUAUGAUGGACCUAUUCACCUUACCAAGUGCACAUUCAAAAACUUUGUGCCAACUCCAGACAGAUUUACCAGUGCAGUUGGAUUCUUGAUGAAAAAUCCAUGGCAGAUGACACCAAAAAAUAAUAUUUCUCUUGUGAAGUUUGGUCCGAAUGUUUCUUUGAAAGCCUUCUUUGGAAAACCUGGUCCCUGGUUUGAAGAAGGAGAUCUGGAUGGUGACAAGAACUCUGUAUUCCAUGAUCUGGAUGGUUCAGUGACUGACUACAAGGAUACCUAUGUGGGCAGAAUGGAUAACUACUUGAUUCAACACCCCAAAUGCAUUAAUAUUACAGAAUGGAAUGGAGUGGUUUGCAGUGGGACCUAUGCACAGGUUUAUGUCCAAACCUGGAAUGGACAGAAUCUUUCCAUGACUAUUGUGCGAGAUGAGUACCCAGCCAAUCCCAUGGUUCUUCGAGGUAUUAAUCAGAGAGCUGUCUUUCAACAAUACCAGCCAGUAGUGAUGCUCGAAAAGGGCUACACAAUACAUUGGAAUGGAAAAGCUCCAAACGUCACCUAUCUUUAUCUCAUUAACUUCAACAAGAAUGACUGGAUUCGUGUUGGUCUUUGUUAUCAACCAAAUACAGAUUUUGUUAUAGUACUGGAAACUUUUCAAAGGCGGUCAUCUGCUCUGUCAAGCAAGGUAGAGCGCUACAUGCCUGUAUCUUCAAUGAUGGAGCUCGAAAAGAAUCGAUCAGACAAGAAGUUCUACUUUGACAACAGUACUGGAUUACUGUUUUUAUUUCUUCAAGCCAAAUAUAAUAGGGAUGGUCACAGUUAUUGCUCAUCUCAGGGAUGUGAAAGGAUCAAGAUUGUGACCAAAGAUUCAGCAAAAGGGGUCAGUAACUGCAUGGCAAAAGCAUACCCAAAGUACUACCAAGGACCAACCGUUAUAAAGCGGAUGCCAGUAAAAACUACUGUACCAUGUACAAAAUGUGGCACAACUCAGAUGGUAUUCACCAGUGAUCCUCACAAAAACUACCUCCUUGUGCAGAUUAAUUCAUCUGGUAAAAAAGAAUUAAGCAGAGGUCAACAAGCAUUUAUUUCUGUCAACAACACUGUGUUUUCCUUCAAGGAUAAUGGUAUACUUAUUGUUGUAGUUGAUGCCUGCGUUGGCACAGUGUCGUUAAACAAAUUAUUUUCUGGAGUAGACAUUAAGCGUGUAGAUGGAUAUUUAAAAUCUGGAAUUCCGCAAAGGUCUAUUGUUCUACUGAGCACAAGAGGUGAUGUAGCAAUUCCUGAUAAUUUAUCAGAAGCCUUCAUGUCCCUGGGGACAGCCAAACCGCCUUAUCUUCAGAGCAACGGAAGCCUGGCCUUUCUGGGCUUCAGAGGAAACUUUAAGCCAUCCUGGAUUAAGCUGUUUACCAGUCCUGCUGGGCAUGGGCUUGUUCAGAUAGAAAAGUAUAUCCCUUUACAACUGGAAGAGUAUGGCUGUGCCAGAGCAAUCAAAAGCCGACGGAAAGACCUCGAGCUUCUGAAGAAGGCUACGCGAUCUCAGUAA